AUGAGAGAUAUCAGAAGUGGCCCAACAGUGCUUAUGAACUGUGGCAGCGAGCGACAUGAGAAUUACACUGAGGUACCUCCUAGUCCUGCAUCUGUAUGCAGUAGUGUUCAUGAAGACUUUUGGAGACGAACCGAAUAUUUAAGUCCAAUAUCAACUCCUGAUGUGUUUUCAAGAGAUGAUACUGUUAUGCCUCAAGUUUUCAGAGAUAUCAGCUCUGGUUUAAAUGAGCUAAGAAGACAACUCAAUCAACUUGAUUAUGAUGAUGUUGAUGUUGAGGACUUCACUAUGAAAUAUGAACCUUCUGAGUCUGAAUUGAUGCAAAUAAAUGAUCCAGCAGAAUCUUACAUAAGAGAUUUACUUCUCGCGUCUGGCCUAUACUUCGGUUCUUGGGAUAAGUCUUUGUUAAGAAGGGAGAUAAGCACAAAAUAA